AUGCUUUCCCUCCUCAGUCUUCCGUCCACCCCCAGUACCCCCACAUAUCUCCAGAUCGGGAGGAACCCAGCGGAGGCUGACGUGUUCAUCGACUCUAAGGUCCACCCUGCGCUCAUCUCACGCAGACACGCAGAGAUCCGCGUGUCGCCUGACGGGCGCGGGAACGUGACGUAUGAUAUAACAGACAGGAGCGUCAAUGGGACUUACAUUAAUGAUAUCAGGCUGCAGCCGAGGACCCCCCACAGACUGCAGGAAGGCGACACCAUCACGUUUGGUCACCUGAAGGCCGGAACUGUCCAACCUGGGCAGCGGUCAGUACAGGCAGGGUCAGAGUUCAAGUUCAAGUUUGAGCAGUGUCCGAGACCAGCAGGUGAUGUGGACACCAGAACUGACUCCGAGACGCCCACGACGUUGUCUCUCCCGGAGAAGUCGACAGAGCCAGGAGACGUUGGGAGGGGCAGACAACUCUUCCCCUCCGUACCAAGUCCUGAUGUUCUACAUGAUAUAUCCAACUGGGUCCAGAAGUCCAAACUUGUCCACACAGGCCCAGCAGAGAAGGGAGGGCAGAAGGAGACUGGAACAGCGGCUAGCAGUUCUACUGGGCUGAGUCAGUUCAGUGAUGAAGACAACGACAGUGACUCUGAGAUCUUCAGCAUCGCCGCGACAUUACAGAUUCCCUCUGACAGUGACUCCGACUCUGACAUUUUCUGCCCAACGGAAAAGCCCCCCACGUCAGGAGACAAGAGUUUGCCUAAAGUCAGAAGUGAUUUCGAGUCUCCAAGAGCUGUUCCCAUGGCAACAGUUGUUCCCAUGGCAACAAAUGUGGCUCGGUUGUCCCAAAGUCCUAUUGUUAACAUAUCUGAUAGCAAAGACUCAUCAACUGUUGUUAACACCAAAAGAAAAAGAAGACCCCCUGCAGGUAAAACUGUUGCAGCAGUGAAGAGAAGGAAACCUGUGAAGCGUAAGAGGUCAGGUGAUCGUGAGGACUGGGGACCGUGUGACUCGUUCGACUGUAGCAGGCCGGAGGGCGACAUGCUCAGCUGGGUGCAGUGUGACCAGUGUGAGGCUUGGUACCAUGUGGCGUGUGCUGGAUGUGACUACGACACUGUCAGACAGGAAACUGCCGCCUUCAACUGUGGAUGUUUGUGAAUACGGAACAGAUGUCUCAUUGAUUGGCUAGGAUAGAGUUGAAACAUGAUUUUGUUAAUGUAAAUUGUACAUAACUCAUGCGUCUCACUGUACUAUCAAUAACACAAUAAUAUCAAGUGGUAUUGUCCUGAAUGUAGUAACUUAAAGGGAUACAUUCCAUCCACAUCCAUCCAUUACAUGUUUGAAUGUAUGUAUAUAGCAAAGUGGAGUAAGAGUACACACAUAAUGGCAGUGCAUUUCAACAUCUUUGAAAUUAUUUUCAGGGCUAAUCAUUUUUUUUUUGCCCAAAGAUAGUACACGGAGUCAGUGUCUAGAAAAGUUGUAGAGACUGUAAAGAAAGCCAUUUAAGAUUUAGUGGAUAUGUUGUAAAUAAGAAAAGCAUGAAGGGACGUGAACACUCAGGCAAACAUUCAGUUAGCCCAUUACUGUAUUCUAAGAAUUGCUUCCUGUUUAAGUCCUGCCCAGAUGCUCAAGGUCAUGAUGACCUUGGGUCUUACAUCACAGUUAGGCCAUGGCAGCUCUGCCCUUUGACCUGACGGUAUUUUGUUGUGGAGUUAUUUUCCUUCCGGAAACAGCCAUGGUUGUUAUGUUUUGCUGAUGAAUUGGUUACCUUUGGUACAGUAACCUUUAUCUAUUGAAGUUCGUAUGUAAUAGCAAACCACUCUACAUGGGAAAGUACAACUUGUUUUGGCCAUUUUUUGUCUUAAGUCUUGUUUUUUUUUACUUAAGGUGUAUCAAAAAAAUA